AUGAAAGAGCACAUACAAUAUAUUAUCGACCAUGCGGAUGAAAUAGUGAAACUAUUGAAAGUUAAGGCCCAAGUUUCGGAAGUCAAAAGCAUUAUGCUGGAGAAUAUAGACAAGACUAUCGAAAGAGGUGAAAACCUGACCGUUCUUAACGACAAGGCCGAAGACCUGCGUUAUUCGUAUGCUGAGCUCAAGUCUUAUGUCCCACAUCGCCUACAGAAGCUGAAAGGAGAAACCAACUGA